AUGACAGCAACCCGCCUCACCAACGCCCGCCACUCCCGCACCACGCACCUCGCAUCCCUCCCCUUCCCCCUCUGGCUCUUCGACCCCGACCAACCCGCCUGGCCCCGCAAACGCGCCGCCAUCCCACCCGGCUCCCGCCCGGCAAGGCUGACCGGCUGGUACACCUGGCCGUGGGAAUACGGCACCGACGUGCGGCGCAUCGACGACGCGCUGCCCCCCGGCGUCACUGGUCCCGCUGCACAAACCGGCCAGGCAGGGUCAGUGCAGCACGUGCUGAGCCAGCUGCGGUACGAUGACCGGUUUGAGCCGGGGACGUUUCGGGUGGUGUAUGAAGCCGGGGAGGAAGGGAAGGAAAGCGCGAGGGAGUUGGAGGAGUGGGUGUGGGAGGUGGGGACGGGUGAGGAGGGGUACGUUGCGCCGAGGCGGGUUGUGCGGGUGGAGCGGAGGUGGGAUGGGGUGCCGGUUUGGGAGCGGGGGAGGGCGGGGGUGGAUGUUUUGGGUGGGGAAGGGGAGGGGGCGUGCGUGGUGUAUGGGGUGGCGUCGUUGGUGGGGGGCGAUGAGGAGCUGGUUCGUGCUGCGGGGGUUGAUGUGCUUGAUGAUGGGGGGAGGAUUAGGAGGGCGCAGAUCGAGUUUUUGGAUGAGGAGGGUGGGCAGGCGAGGGGCAUUGUGUAUCCGGGGAAGAACCAGAGUGAGCGGGGACUGGUCGAGCAUGCCGAGCCGUGCGCCGGCUUCGGGAAUGGGUACGGCGUCGGCGCCACCAUGCCACGUGCCGAGACUGAGCUCCUCAUGCGCGAGCGCUCCGCUGCAGUUGGAGCGUCUCAUUAA